AUUUCCUGCGGGAGGCGCCGAACCGGCCUUGGAAAAGGAGGAGGAGAAAGGGGGAAGGGGGUGGGGGGUCAGUGGGAGCCGUCCUCCUGAGUGCCAGGGACCGAGGAGGGUCAGCUGGACCCCCGGCAGGGCGGCGGGGAGAGGCUCUGGCCCAGACUUCGGCAGGGGACCUGCACCCUUUCUAGGGCCCCUGCAACCUGUCUGACACUACUGCUGGAGGCCUGAGGAAUGCUGAGGGUGCUCUGGGUGGACACUGGUGCUUCUGAGCCAAGCCUUGAAGAUUGUCGCACCCAGUCCUGGCCCAUCCUGGUGCCAUCAGAAGCUGUAAGCUGAUAGCCAUCCAGGUUGCCACACUGCCUCCACCCCCUCACAGAUCUGCUCUACUGCUUUUGGUGGCAGCUUCUGAAGCAUCUUGUGAGUGCCUGACAAGAAGCCCACUGCCCAGGACGCCAGAAACACUCCCUCCCAGUACCACUGGCCCUCCAGAAGCCUCAGUCAUGGAAUCUUGACACCUUGGUUUAUACCGUUUCCUUGCCUCUGCCUUGGACUCCUGAACUCAGAGCCCAGGAUGGGUCGAGAACAAGACCUAAUCCUCGCCGUCAAGAAUGGAGAUGUGACAAGUGUGCAGAAACUGGUGGCUAAGAUCAAGGCAGCAAAGACAACCUGGGGAACAAUGGGACCAGCUCCUGGCAGGAAUGUUAACCAUGUGGCCGUGGGCCUGUCCACCAAGGGUCCAGCAUGCCAGGCUCCCUCCCACCCCUUCGGCUCUAUAAACUCACUGGGCCAGGGGGCCCAGGAGCGCCAGGCCACUGCUGCCGUGGGGGCUCCUUCAGCGGGUGCCUCCAGCUGAUGACACAGGGACGGGCUGGCUCCGAACCACGGGCUGCAGGGGGCCAUGGGGCAGGUGCUGUUCUGCACACCGAGAGAGCUUCUUGGCUCCACAAAGAGGCUCAAUGUCAACUACCAGGAUGCUGAUGGCUUCUCCGCUCUUCACCACGCCGCUUUGGGGGGCAGCCUGGAGCUCAUAGCCUUACUGUUGGAGGCUCAGGCCACUGUUGACAUCAAGGACAGCAAUGGCAUGCGCCCACUGCACUACGCAGCCUGGCAGGGCCGGCUGGAGCCUGUGCGGCUGCUGCUGCGGGCCUCUGCGGCUGUCAAUGCUGCCUCUUCGGACGGACAGAUCCCACUGCACCUGGCGGCCCAGUAUGGACACUACGAAGUGUCAGAAAUGCUUCUCCAGCACCAGUCCAACCCCUGUCUGGUCAACAAGGCCAAGAAGACACCCCUGGAUCUGGCCUGUGAAUUUGGGCGGCUCAAGGUGGCUCAGCUGCUAUUGAAUAGUCAUCUGUGUGUGGCACUGCUGGAGGGUGAAGCCAAGGAUCCCUGUGACCCCAACUACACCACGCCCCUGCACUUGGCUGCCAAGAAUGGCCAUAGAGAGGUCAUCAGACAGCUCCUGAGAGCCGGGAUUGAGAUCAACCGACAGACCAAGACAGGCACGGCACUUCACGAGGCUGCUCUGUAUGGAAAAACCGAGGUGGUGCGGCUGCUCCUGGAGGGCGGAGUGGACGUGAAUAUUCGGAACACCUACAACCAGACUGCACUGGACAUUGUCAAUCAGUUCACCACGUCCCAGGCCAGCCGGGAGAUCAAACAGCUCCUCCGGGAGGCCUCAGGGAUCCUGAAGGUCCGAGCUCUCAAGGAUUUCUGGAACCUCCAUGACCCCACUGCUCUCAAUGUCCGGGCCGGAGACAUCAUCACGGUGCUGGAGCAGCAUCCUGACGGCCGCUGGAAAGGCCACAUCCAUGAGAGUCAGAGGGGCACAGACCGAGUGGGCUACUUCCCCCCGGGCAUCGUUGAGGUGGUCAGCAAGCGAGUGGGCCUUCCCAUACCCCGCCUCCCUUCCACAUCCACCCCACUGCACCCAGGUUUCUUCCGGACCCCACAGCUCCCUGCUGAUGACGCCCUGCAGCCUCUCCCCUGUGGCCAGCUCCCACGGGUGGGCCUCAGCCCAGACAGCCCAGCAGGUGACAGGAAUAGUGUGGGCAGCGAGGGCAGUGUGGGCAGCAUCCGCAGCGCCGGCAGCGGGCAGAGCUCUGAGGGCACCAACGGCCACAGCCCUGGCCUCCUUAUCGAGAAUGCCCAGCCACUGCCUUCUGCCAGAGAGGAAACAGUGCUGUCAGGACUGCACCCCCCAGCCCUGGCAGAUAACUUGAGCCACCGCCCUCUGGCCAACUACCACUCUGGGGAGCAGCUCUUCAGCCAUGAUGUGAGGCCAGAGCAGCUGCUAGAGGGGAAGGAUGCUCAGGCCAUUCACAACUGGCUGAGUGAAUUCCAGCUGGAGGGCUACACUGCCCACUUCCUGCAGGCUGGCUACGACGUGCCAACGAUCAGCCGCAUGACACCCGAGGACCUGACGGCCAUUGGGGUGACCAAGCCAGGGCACAGGAAGAAGAUAGCCUCUGAGAUCGCCCAGCUCAGCAUCACUGAGUGGCUGCCCAAUUACAUCCCGGUGGACCUGCUGGAGUGGCUGUGUGCCCUGGGGCUGCCACAGUACCACAAGCAGCUGGUGAGCAGCGGCUACGACUCCAUGGGGCUGGUGGCCGACCUCACGUGGGAGGAGCUGCAGGAGAUCGGUGUCAACAAGCUGGGUCACCAGAAGAAGCUGAUGCUUGGGGUGAAGCGGUUGGCGGAACUCCGGCGAGGCCUGCAACAUGGGGAGACCCUGGGUGAAGGCGGCCGCCUACUGGGCCGGGGCCCAGAGCUGAUGGCCAUUGAAGGACUGGAGAAUGGCGACGGGCUGGCUGCGGCUGUCCCGCGCCUCCUCACCUUCCAGGGCAGCGAGCUGAGCCCGGAGCUCCAGGCAGCCAUGGCAGGGGGUGGCCCUGAGCCUCUUCCCCUGCCCCCGGCCCGCUCCCCAAGCCAGGAGAGCAUCGGUGCUCGCUCUCGAGGGUCAGGUCACUCCCAGGAACAUCCUACCCCCCAGACUAGUGGCGGAGACCCCACCACCAUACAGGAGAGGAACCUUCCAGAGGGCACAGAGCGCCCCCCUAAACUAUGCUCCCCACCUCCUGGCCAAGGCCCCCCCUCUUAUGUGUUCAUGCAUCCCCAAAGCUCACCCUCCAGCCCAAGCACAGGGCCACCUCCUGGUGCACCCCAGGCCUUCUACUUGGCAGGCCACCCUGCCGCUCCUCCAGAUCCGCCUAGGCCUAAGCGCCGGUCCCACAGCCUAAGCAGGCCUGGCCCUGUUGAGGGAGAGGGAGAGGGGGAGGGUGAAGGGCCUGUGGGCAGUGCCUUGGGCAGUUAUGCCACCCUUACACGGCGACCGGGACGCAGCACCCUAGCCCGGACCAGCCCUAGCCCGACCCCUACACGUGGGGCUCCCCGCAGCCAGUCCUUUGCCCUCCGGGCCCGCCGUAAAGGCCCCCCACCCCCACCCCCCAAACGCCUCAGCUCUGUCUCUGGCCCCACUCCAGAGCCCCCUCCACUAGAUGCAAGCCCAGGGCCCGAGGGCCCCCGAAGGCGAACGCUGAGUGAGCCAUCAGGCACAUCAGAGCCCCCAGGCCCGCCUGCCCCUGCUGGGCCUUCAUCGGACACUGAGGAGGAGGAGCCAGGGCCUGAGGGGACACCCCCGUCUCGGGGCAGCUCUGGGGAAGGGCUCCCAUUUGCAGAAGAGGGAAACCUGACUAUCAAACAGCGGCCCAAGCCAGCUUGUCCCCCAGCCCGGGAGACGACAGUACCUCCUGGCCUGGACUUCAACCUCACCGAGUCAGACACUGUUAAGCGAAGGCCCAAAUGUCGGGAGAGAGAGCCACUGCAGACAGCACUCCUGGCCUUUGGAGUGGCCAGUGCAACCCUCAGCUCCUCUGCCCCCCUGCCCUCCCAAGUCCCCAGUGAACCCCCCACCUCAUCUUCUCCCACUCUCCGACCUGAGCCUAGCCCUCCAACUCAAGGAGUGCCAGCCUCUGUGGUGCCCAGCCUCCCAGCCCAGCCCCCAGUACCCCCACCCUCCGGACUGGUUCUGGAACCUUCCUCAGGUGGUUGGCAGCACGGAGAGACAGAGCCCCCUGUUCUCCCUGCAGCCCUCCUCAAAGUGCCUGGAGCAGGAACAGCUCCCAAGCCUGUGUCUGUGGCCUGUACCCAGCUGGCGUUUUCUGGCCCUAAGCUGGCUCCACGGCUUGGCCCCCGCCCCAUGCCUCCUCCAAGGCCAGAGAGCACUGGGGCUGCAGCCUCAGGCCGGGCCCAGCAGAGGCUGGAGCAGACCAGCUCCUCCCUGGCAGCUGUACUGAGGGUGGCGGAGAAGAGCAUUGGCACUGAAGAGCAAGAAGGCCCCCCGGCCACCUCCACCAAACACAUCCUGGAUGACAUCAGCACCAUGUUCGAUGCCUUGGCUGACCAGCUGGAAGCUAUGCUGGACUGACCCAGACUCACUGGUGCCUUCUGUGGGCCUGUGUGACCCAGUGCCGUCUGCCACUGCCCCAGCACAGAAGAUGCUCCUGCUGCCCUGGCAGGGUCCACCCACUGCUCUGCUGCCCCAAACCAGCAGCUGUGAGCUCUGCAGCCCUACCCCCACCCUCUCCCUUCCAGGGCACAGGAAGGUAAGGGGGCCGAGAAGACUUGUCAGGUGCUGGCAUCUUGGCAGAGCCCUUUCUCUGUGUGUAGUCAGACCAAACAGUCUGCCCCCUGGACAUGCCCCUGGUAAAUCUCCUCCCCAAGAAAGAAAGUGGCAGCGGGCUUAAGGGGGUCCUCGCCUGCCCCACUUGCCACCAGUGUCUCGAGUCCCUGUGCCAGGAGUUAGGUCCCCAGUGUACAGAGAGCCUGUAAAUAGACGGCGGCGGUACCCAGGGCAGCACCAGCUUCCCCCCUGCCCGCCCUCGGUGUGGCUAAGCUAACUGGGGCAGUGGGGUCAAUAGAUCACCAACGUCCAAAAAUUUUCAACUGUAAAUGUUAUUUUUUAAGGAGAGAGAAAUGCAUAUAUUUUAAAUGGAGUUUAUUCUAUCUAUAACUGCCUGAGAGGACGUGAUCAGGGACUGCCUUGUGGCUGGAAGCCUCCUGGGUUGGCCCAGGCCCUGGCUUUGUAACCAUUAACUUUCUCCAACUAACACCAAUGAAAGCGUCAUUUCACGUGACCAGGCUGUGUUUGGAUCUGUGCCACAUACUUCUUGAGGCUUGGGGUGGGGGUUGGGGGGGCCUCACAAUGUGGAAGACGACAGGCUGAGACCUCCCUUCUCCCCCUCUCUUUAGAGGCUCCCCCACUGGCCAAAGCCUGGGGUCGUUCCUGUUGUGGCAGCCUCAUGGCGCAGCCACAGACUUUUCUUAAAUCACCGACAAGUUUUAAUACAAAGCAAUCUACAUUCGGUUCUAAAGGUUCUUUUCCAGUAAAAAAUAUAUACACUAUUAAAAACAUUCUCACAGGAGAGCUGGGAUGUGGGCGGGGGAUAGAGCCCUGGGCUGUCACCAGAAGUGGCUCAGCCUAAAGUUGGGGUCAGGAGGAGGUUCUGGGGUGAGACAGGGCUCUUCAUCUUCAGCUCUGAGUGCAAGGCUUCCCUGCAGAGGGAGGUAAGGGAAGUGCUUGGCCACAUCCAGGCUCCUGCUCCCAGAGGCAAGAUGAGGGGUGCAGAGAGGAAGACAAGGCUGCACCACACCCCAGCUUUCAACAGCCUUGAGCGUUGAGUGGCCCUUCUGCCACUGUUCUUGGGGAAGGAAGGAA